AUGGCCAAGUCCAAGGACCACACCACACACAACCAGUCCCACAAAUGGCACAGAAAUGGCAUCAAGAAACCCUGGUCACAAAGAUACGAAUCUCUUAAGGGGGUUGGCGUCAAGCUCCCGAGGAAGAUGCGCUUUGCCAAGAAGCACAAGCAAGGCCCGAAGAAGAUGCAGGCAAAAAACACAAAGGCAGUGAGUGCCUGUGCAGAGGCCACCAAGGCCCUUGUGAAGCCUAAGGCCGUUAAGCCCAAGAUGCCAAAGGGCCCCAGCUGCAAACUCAGCCGGCUCGCUUCCAUCGCUCAUCCCAAGCUUGGGAACCAGAUUCGAAGCUACAUGGCCAAGGGUCAUAGGCUCUGCCAACCAAAGCCCAAGGUUCAAACCAAGGCAGAGGCCACAGCCCCAGCUCAGCCUCCCAGAGGUGCCCAGGCCCCUAUGAAAGCCCCAUAGAAAACCUUUCUGCCGAUGUGAAGACAGAUGGACUGAUGUGACACACCUACCUACAACUAUUUACAGAU